GCCCCGCGCCGCCGGGCCGGGCCGGGCCUGGUGCCGGUGCCGGUGCCGGUGCCGGUGCCGGGUCAGGGGCUGGGGUUGGUGUCGGUGCUGGGGCCGGCGCCGGGGCCGGGGCAGGGUUGGGGACUUGUGCCGCUGCCGGUGCCGCAGCCCCGGACGAUGCUGUUCUCCCUGCGCGAGCUCGUGCAGUGGCUCGGCUUCGCCACCUUCGAGAUCUUCCUGCACGGGCUGGCCCUGCUCGCCUUCUCCGUGUUGCUUGUGCUCAAGGUGGACGGCGCGGCCGCCGCGCUCUCCUGGUGGACCGUGUUCGUACCCUUCUUCGCCGCCGACGGGCUCAGCACCUACUUCACCACCAUCGUGUCCGUGCGGCUGUUCCAGGACGGCGAGAAGCGCCUGGCGGUGCUGCGGCUCUUCUGGAUCCUCACCAUUCUCAGCCUCAAGUUCGUGUUCGAGAUGCUGCUGUGCCAGAAGCUGGUGGAGCACACGCGGGAGCUCUGGUACGGGCUCAUCAUGUCGCCCGUCUUCAUCCUGCUCCAGCUGCUCAUGAUCCGGGCCUGCCGCGUGAACUGAGCCCCGGCCCAGGGGGGACAUGCCCGACGCACCCGGGGGCGCUCCUGGGGCUGCUCCCGUAGCUGUUCCCGUCGCUGUUCCCGUGACUGUUCCCGUGCGGAGGGGCAGGUGACAGGCUGGGACAGGGGUAGUGCCCCGCCUCGCUGCUGUGUUGCAGAGCAUCACGUUUCUCCAAAAGCUGCACAUCCCUGUUUGUGCUCCCUCAGCUCCUGCAUUGUCUUGCUGCGAGCAUGGCUGGACGUGACAGUUAUUUUAUUUUAGAAUAAAAAUGUGU